ACCAAAACAUAGAUAAGGUGAUAAGGCCACAUGGCAGAAACUCAAUACCUCAUCCUCGUUAACUCCCACUUUCUUUCUCCUUCUCUCAAUUCCUUCACCCAUCGAUCACCAUGGCCUCCCCAACACUCAUAACUCCAACCUCCACACCAAAAUCACUACCACCCAUCAAACCCAGACCCACCACCGCCAUUGCCGCCACUCUGUCACCAACCACCACCACCACCGCGAACCCCCGCCGCCGUGAGUUCCUCUCCAUCACGGCCUCAGUUCUCUCCGGCACAUGGCUGUGUCACGUGACCCCUGCACUGGCUGCCGAGGACGAAGAGUACGUGAGAGAAACAGAAGAAGUGAUCAACAAGGUGAGAACCACCAUCACAAUGGACAAGAACGACCCCAACGUUGCUGAUGCGGUUGCUGACUUGAGAGACUCGUCGAACUCGUGGGUGGCUAAGUACAGAAAGGAGAAAGCGCUUCUUGCAAGGGUUUCCUUCAGGGACGUGUACUCUGCUCUCAAUGCGGUUUCAGGGCACUACAUCAGUUUUGGACCAACCGCUCCGAUUCCGGCGAAGCGAAGGGCGAGGAUUUUGGAGGAGGUGGAGGUUGCUGAGAAGGCACUUCUAAGGGGAAGAUGAACGGAAAACACUUUCAGCUGCUGCUGGAUUUGAGAGGAAAGAAAAUUUCUUAUUUUCACAUUCCUCUGUUUUCCUCUGUAGAUUCGUUUCUUCUUCUCUGUUCUUGCUGAGUGCUUGGUUUUUGUAUUAUUAUUGUAUGAUAACUCAAACUGAAAUUACAGUAAGAGGCUCACAUUCUCUGUUAAUUCAGAAGAGAAGAUUAUGUAUGCAGGCAUAGAAUCUAAGUAAAAUUAUGAAAUAUCUCUUUGAAUUAACUUAUUAUGGGGUUCACAA